GCCUUUUCCCAAUUCUUUUACCACUCCCGCUUCUCUCUCUUCUGAAAACACCGAAAUUCCCUCUCGUCUAACAAACCCUAAAUUCAGACAACAGAGAGACGUGUGAGGUUUCAGUUAGCGUCUCAGAUAGCUCAAACCUAAAUUUCCCAAUAACUUCAGCUCUGCUGGCGAUUAAUUAUCAGCUUCACACUGUAUAAUCUAUUUAAAUGGAGAGUCAAGAGAUGGCUUUUCAUAGUACUGAUGGAGUUAAUGAUAUAAAUGGGCAUACUUCAUUUGCUAAUGGAUUCGAACCCAAACAAGCUAGCAUUGGUGUUGAACACAGUGACAGUUUCAAUGUUGAGUUUUUAGAAGAUCUGGAUUCAAUGAUGGAAGACAUUGAUAAUCGUCUAAGAGUUGCACGAGUGGUGAGUGAUUCUGUGAUAAAGGGAAUGGUUAGUGCUGUUGAACAAGAGGCAGAAGAAAAGAUAAAGGCAAAAGACUUAGAGCUUGCAAUCUUAAAGAGGUCUCUGCAAUUUCAUAAUUCGAAUGGAGAAGAAGAUCAAAACGAGUCUUGGUUGUUACAAGGAACCAAUGAACAAGAAACUAGUCAGGUUAGUUCUGAAGAUGCUUUUGUGAAGGAUGAUGAAUUAAAAGAAUCAUUGGUUUUCUUAAGAAAUUCUGCUACAGAUGAGUUUAAGAAGCUUAGGAAGCAGAUUGAGGGUGUGAAGGGUUGUAAACUUAAGAGAAAUGGAUCUUGUCAUGAAAUAGUAGGGUUGGGUGGGAUUUUGAAAGAGGAGAAGUAUGAAAAUGGUGUGGGUUUGGAAAAAACAGUGGAUAAUCUUGAAAUGGUGAUGAACAAUGCAUGCGGAUUGGUGGAUAAAUUUUCUAAAACUUUACUUAGUAAAUGUCAACAAGAGCAUGAAUUGAAAAGAAAACUUGAAGAUAUGGUAAUGCAGACUUCUAUAAGAUCAAUUUGGGAUCAAAAUAUGGAUUUGGCUGAGAAAUUUAGUAACAUUUCACUUUUAAGAAAUGAGUUAGAUGCAUUGACAAAGUUGCUCCCACAUCAUGAAUCAGGGAAUCUGCUCUCUCAUGGUUCUUUUGAUUUUGAUAAUACUCAUGGAAACUCUUUAAGGAGUCAACUUUCUUCAAGAUGGGAGGAAAGUGGAAAGUCAACUGAAGGUUUAGAUGUUCCUGAUAGUUUUGAUGCAGCUCAAUUAAGCCACAUGAACAAGGAGCAAUUAGUGAAGUUUUUCAACAACACAAUUUCAAAGAUGAAAAGGGAACAUGAAUCCGAAAUUCAGAAGAAGACUGAAGCGUAUAUCAGUUUAAAGGGGAAAUACCUGAGUGAAAGGCGCUCUUUUGUCCUCCCUAAAGAGUUUGAAACAUUAAAAAGGAAGAUUCCGGAAGUUGUUUCCAAAUUGGAUGGAAUUCUUUCUGAAAGUGAUGAGUUUCCUGGAAAGGGUGAUAGUGUUGUUAGUAUUGACAUUCUAAAUAAAACACUCAACACCCUUUUAGGAGAAAACAAUCAUCUUAAAGAUGCACUUAUUGUUAAAAAUGAUGAAGUAAAGCAUCUUGAAUCCCAACUUUCUUCAUCUGAUACACAUUUCCAAAAAAUGGUGAAGACCCAUGAAUCUUUAAUAACAGAUGCAUGUAUAGAAGCUUCCAUUGUUGAAGAUGUCUACAAAUGUGUUGUUGGAGGGCUAAAUUGUCAAUUCCAAGACAUGAAAGAAGAAUCAGAGGUGGAAAUUAUCGCAAUGCAUGAUAUAUAUGAGGCUCUAUUAGGAUCUGGUGCUGAAGAUUCUAGUGUUUCUGCAGUUGAAGACACAUUUAUGGAAUAUUUAUUUAUGGAAGAACUAUUGCAGACUGUAUUCAAAGAAUCUUUAACUGAUGCUGAGAAAAAGAUUGAGACUUUACAUGAAGAAUAUAUAAGCAUCAACAAAAAGAAGGCAAAGGAAAGGGAGGUUGAAAUGAUAUUGGAAGGUGAAGAGAGAGCAAAAUUAGUGGAAGAAAAGGGAAGGGUAGAAAGGGAAUUGACAAAAGCAAAAGAGCAAUUUGAACUAGCUUUAAACGAGUGUAAUAAUUUAAGAAAACAAGCAAAUUUGCAUGAAACAUUGAUGUUGAAGAAAAACAAAGAGGUCGAUGAAAUCAAUGACAAGUUUUCAAAAGCACAAGAGAAAAUUUUAUCUCAGAGAAUGGAAAUAAACUCCCUUAAAGAAAAAGUUGAUUUAUCAAUGAAAGAGAUAAAAGCAUUGAAUGAUUACAAAAUCAUGGUUCUUGAUGUUUCUAAUGAGAAACAGAGUUUAAUGUCAUUGAUUGAAAUGAAAGAGAAAGAACAUAGGAAGCAAAUGGAAGCCAUAGUUGUUCUUGUUGAUGAAUUAUCAUCAAAGAUUGGUGAUUUUGAAAGAAGGGUAACAUGGGAUAUUUCAGAUAAUAAUAAAAGGUUGGAAAAAUCAAGAUCUGAAUUGAGUUCUUUCAUCAAGGAAGUUAGUGUACUUAAAAAAACGGGGAUUUUAUACAAACAGAAGUUUGAAACAAAAUGUAAUGAUCUUCAAAUGGCUGAAGAUGAGGUUGAUCUUUUGGGAGAUGAAGUUGAAACACUUUUAGGGCUUCUUGAGAAGAUAUAUAUAGCUCUUGAUCAUUACUCUCCAGUCUUGCAACAUUACUCAGGGGUUAUUGAAAUCUUGGAGCUGGUUAGAAGAGAAUUAAGUGGAGAAUCUUUGAAAGCGCAUUGAGUAAGGUGCACUUGUUGGGAUCAUCAGUUUUGAAAAGGACACAUGGUCUAUUACUAUUAGUACUGUGAAAAGUAGUUAAAAGUAUGUGAAUUUACCUUUUUGCCCAUGUUUUUCGUGUCUACAUAUACAAACACACACGAAUACAACACAAACAAACCACCUUUCCGUUUGGGUUUCUUUUUUGGCC